UGAGAUCAAGAACACCAGUCAUCCACCGAACAAGCGCCCACACAAACUGCAGCGGCCACCACCAUCCUGCAUCCAUUGUGAGUGCAUCUGGUUGGCAGCGGCCGCAAGAUGGCAACUGCCGUUGCCGAGCUGAUCGCCGGCAAGCUUGCCGGGCUUGUCUGGGACGAGGCCACCCUGAUGUGGAGCUUCAAGGACGAUGUGGACGCCUUGAGUUGGACCAUGGUCAAGAUGAAAGCACUGAUGCGUGAUGCCGACCGGAGGGCGAGCCAGGAUGAAGGACGGAGAGGACGAGAGAUCGUUCAAGUUCUGAUGAAGGAUUUCAAGUCCGCUGCCUACGACGUUGAGGACUUGCUGGAUGAGUUCGAGGCUAUUGAACUCAUUAAGAAGAGCCAAUCCAAGUUUAAGUUAUUAUUCUCAUCCUACAAUCCACUCCUGCUGCGGUUCAAAAUAGCUCACAAAAUGAAGAAGGUAAAGGAAGCUUUAAACAACAUAGAGAAAGGGGGUCAGGCCCUUCAUCUGGUGCCUGAAGACACCCCAAUGUGGGCUGUGCUGGGUACCAAUCAAGCUACCAUUGCAUCCACCAAUGGGGACAUAGACAUUGGAAUGGUCGGAAGAGACACCGAAAAGGAAAAGAUAAUUAAGAUGUUAUUGAAAAGUGAAGCUGAGGAGGUUAUCUCAAUCAUUCCUAUUGUUGGACUUGGUGGCAUGGGGAAGACAACAUUGGCCCAAGCUUGUUUUUCAGACAAGAGAACCACAACCUUUGAUGUAAGAGUAUGGGUAUAUGUGUCUAAGAAGCUUGAUCUGCAAAGAAUUGGUGAAAUAAUCUUAACAACAGUGCAUAGAAGUACUAGUAAUGAGUCAAAUGAAAGGUAUAUCCCCCCAAAAGAUGGUGAUCUGCAAUCCAUUAUAGAAAUAUUGAAAACUAUGCUCUCUAACAAAAAGUAUCUGAUUGUCUUGGACGAUAUGUGGGAGGAUGGUGGUGAUAAUUUAGAAAAAUUGAAGCAAAUUCUACGACAUGGUAGAAAGGGAAGCAAGAUCAUAUUAACUACACGAAUGCAACAUGUAGUGGAUAAAUUGGAUGUUGGUGCUCUAGCGGAUCAAGGAAUAAUCCGCCCUGUGUGCAAGAGUGACCAGAUCAAUUUGAGCCUUUUAUCAGAGGAUGACUGUUGGAAUGUGAUGCGACAAAUGGCAUUCAGGCGAGAUGAGGAUCAAAGUGGAUUAGAAGCAAUUGGAAGACAAAUCGCCAAGAAGUGUGCUGGUCUACCUCUACUAGCACGAUCUCUUGGAUAUUUGAUAUCGCAAUAUAAGUCCACGGAGGCAUGGGAAGAUAUAAGAGACAAGAAGAUUGUUUUGGGUUUGGAAGAAGACAUUAAUCUACAAGAGCCUUUGGAGCGUCUGAUGAUGAGCUAUUACUACAUGCCGUUGAAAUUCAAGUUGUGCUUCACAUAUUGUGCAGUUUUUCCAAAGGGCUUUGCAAUUGCUAUUGACCACCUCAUCCAUCAAUGGAGAGCCCUUGGAUACAUUCAACCAAUUGAUGGCCAUCAUUGUAUCAACUAUUUGUUGGGAAUGUCUUUUCUUCAAAUUUCCAAGUCUUCUCAGAGUGCCCCAGGGGAUGCCGAAGCUCCCAUCAAAGUGACCAUGCAUGACUUGGUGUAUGAUCUUGCGCAGAUAAUACUUGACAAAGAGUUAAUUUCUAUAGAUGCUUCAGAACAAAUGAGUCAGAGUAACCUUGAAAAUCAUUAUAGCCGACAUAUGCAGCUCAUCAAUUAUCAGAAGCAGUCUAUUAGUCUCAAAGAAUUUCCAAAAAAAAUUAGAUCUCUCCACUUUACAAAGUGCAGUAAAUUGCAACUCCAAGAUAAGUCAUUCUCCAAAUCCAAGUAUUUGCGUGUCUUGGACAUAAGUGGAUGUUCCAUCAACGGGAAACCUGUCCCAAGCAGCAUAUUGCUACCAUCCUCCAUUCAACAUCUACUGCUUCUAAGGUACUUGGAUGCCACGGGCUUGCCAAUCACAGCACUUCCAAAAUCUUUACAUAAACUUCAAAAUAUGCAAACUCUACUUCUGUCCAACUGUGAACUUGAAACCUUGCCUGAUAGUAUAGGCUGCCUUCUUAACCUUUGCUAUUUGGACCUAUCUAGCAAUACCAACCUUAACAAGUUACCCAUGUCAUUUGGGGAGCUCUCUACACUAUCGUUCCUCAAACUAUCGAAGUGUUCUAAGCUGAAAGAGUUGCCUAAAUCAAUUCACAAGCUUAAAAGCUUACGGCACCUAGACAUGUCUGGCUGUUGUGCGCUUCAAAAUCUCCCUGAUGAGUUUGGUAGCCUUCCAAAACUCUUAUUCCUAAACUUGUCAAAUUGUUCCAAAUUAGUCAAACUACCUAACAGUGUUAGCCUCAAGUCUUUAGAACGUCUAAACCUAUCAAAUUGCCAUCAACUACAAAGCCUGCCAGAAGAUUUUGGAAAUCUUGACAAACUCAAGUUCUUAAACCUUUCUGAUUGCUAUAAACAACAAGUGUUACCAAAGUCCUUUUGCCAACUGAAGCAUUUAAAAGACCUAGAUCUUUCAGACUGCCACGAUCUCAAAGAACUCCCUGAAUGCUUUGGUAGCCUUUCUGAGCUUCAUUAUCUAAACCUAUCAAGUUGUUCUAAGCUGAAAACGUUGCCUGAGUCAUUUGGUGAUUUGUCAAAGUUGAAGCAUCUCAAUUUAUCUUAUUGUAUAAGGUUUGAAAAGCAUCCUUCCACAUUUUGUAACCUGAAGCUUCAAACACUGUACAUGAAUUCGUUGCAGAGUCUCUGGGACAUGCCGGAUGGUAUUGGCAACAUGUCUAGUCUCACUUUAUUUGAAGUUAGCACUGCAAGCUACUUUAUAAAUAAUAUGAAGGCUCCUUGCAUUUUGAGCCGUCUGAAGUUGCAAGAAACGAUAGUACACAAUGUACAUGAUGUACAGGAGGAGGAUUAUGGAUGGUGUAGCAGUAUAGUGAGUCUUGGGGAGUUGACUUGCCAACGCCUACAAAUUGAAGGCCUUCAUAAUGUCAAGCGUCCAGAAGAUGCUGAGGUAGCUAAGCUGCGAGAUAAUCCAGAUCUUCGCGAGCUAAUCCUUACCUGGUAUGAUGCAAGAGGUACAGAGAACAGGAGAGAUGCAGAGGUGUUGGAGAACCUUGUACCUCCUCGGACUCUUGAGGGAUUUGAACUACGUGGCUAUAUGAGCAGGAACUUCCCUAAUUGGAUGGUUGACAUUUCCUCAUAUCUUCCUUAUCUCACCUCCAUCCAUCUCCGUGGUUUAGAAGCAUGCGAUUCUCUUCCUCCAUUGGGGAGGCUGCCAAAUGUCAGGUUAUUGCAUAUGGAGCUCAUUCCCAACAUCAGGAAAAUUGGAAAGGAAUUCUAUGGAGAGGAAGGAACCUGCAAAAAGUUAAGAAUUAUUCAGUUAAAAGGCUUAUCGAACUUGGACGAGUGGUGGACAACACGGUCAGGUGAUGAAGACGACGAGUUCUUAAUCCCAAAUCUGCACCGUUUGGAAGUACACUCCUGCCCAAGGUUGAAGUUCCUGCCAUGUCCCCCCAAAAGUAUGUAUUGGGAAUUGCACGGCAGCGAUGAGGUGUUGCCAGUACAUGGAUUUGGAUGGAUUUCAUCUUCCACUCUUCCUUUUCGUGCUGAAAUCCAGAGCACCGAUUUCUCUCAUGAUAAAUGGGGUCGGCUUCAGCACCUUACCACCCUCGAGGAACUAUGGGUCAUGGACUCUGGCAGCUUCUCGACCUUCCCGGAGGCCAGUCCAUGCUUCCCCUCUCUCAGAUAUCUGAGGAUGUCCUUAGCCAACCUGGAGAUGCUGCCGGAAUGGUUGGGGCAGCUCACUACCCUUAAACAAUUGGUCAUCUAUGACUGCCCCAACUUGACAUCUUUGCCUGCAAGCAUACGGAACCUUACCACCUUGAAGACACUGGAAAUUUGGAGCUGUCCAAGACUGAUUGAGAGGUGCAAGGGGGAGGAUGCCCACAAGAUUUCUCACAUCCCAGAUGUCCGACUUGGUCAUCCGCUGGAAGCUUACCUUUUUUCCGGACAACCCAUAGAAAGAUCAGAGAGUGAUUCACAAGCAAACUUGAGCGAACCAAAAUCAGACUCGCAAUCAGAAUCAGACUCACAGAGCCAACUGGAACAAGACCUGAAGGAAUCAGAGCGCGAAUUGCAGAGUGAAAGAGUUGUGUAGAGCAAAUCAAACGGACCCAAAUUUACCAUAUAUGAACCAAGUCAGCCUCGACAAGAAGUAGGGAAGCAAAAUGUUCCGGUCCCUGCAACUACUAAAGGUUUCAUCUGAAGACUAAAGGCAAGUCACAAUAUGUACUUAGUGACUCAGUCUCAUCUUAUCCCGUUGAUGUAUCAUAUUAGAAAAUUUUCCACCAUAGGGAUACUAGACAAAAUAUAUGAACCUGAUGCAGAUUCUUAUCUUCCUAAGAUGGAUUGGCGUGGCUGAGGAGGCUAUACAUGAACCUUUCUCUUCCCAUGAAAAGAACUAUAGAUGCAUAGUUCUGCUUCACUCGAUUCUGACGGCUUCUAGGCAUUUCAUCUCAAGGUCCUCCAAGCUGCAUCAGAAGUGAAUCAGAUCAUGCACAGGAAGCCAAGAGCAUGGCACUCCCGGGCUUUUCAGAUGCGGUGGAUAACAGAAGUGUUGCGCCAGCUAGUCUCCUGACAGCUUCCUCGCUACCUGAAAGCAACGCUUUGUUAACAAUAUAGGUUACAAGGAUAUGAGCCAGCUACGUUCAGUCGUGGUCACGUAUGACAAUUUUGUACAAAGAGUAACCAUUUUACAUGGAAUUUGUUAGGAGACACAUUUACUGAUACGAAGAUAAAGAAUCUGCUGUCCUCUUUUCUGCAAGGCAGGCGUAAAACUCGGCUAUUGUUUGGUGAUGGCCGUUCGCUUUGUUUUGUUCCGUUCUACAAAAUACAGCAUGCUCACAGAACUCAAUGCUCUGCUGGAAAGACCCUCGCCGUCUUGGUUUCGCAAGCCAAGCAGCCAAACCAUCCACCUGUGCGCAACUCUCUACCGGCAUGUCAAGGUGGCCCUCAUGAUGCGCAUCCAGCGGCGCUCGGCUAGCUACGGGUGUGGGGGAGAAGAUCAAGCCUCGAUCAAGCACCUUCUCCGCUACAUCGCCGAGACGAUUGAGUAUGGGAUCACCUAUCCUAGGCACGAAGGAGCACGGCUAGAGCUGACCGGGUUCAGCGACAGUGACAUGGCAGGCAAUGUUGACGGGCGGCGCAGCACGACGGGAUCAUCUUCUUCCUUGGAUCGUACCCAAUUUCCUGACAAUCCUAGAAGCAGAAGGUUGUGGCGCUAUCUACCUGCGAGUCAGAGCACAUAGCGGUCGCCACUACAUGCUGCCGGCACAGCACGACAGGGAUCAUCUUCUUCCUCGGAUAGUGCCCAAUUUCCUGACAAUCCUAGAAGCAGAAGGUUGUGACGCUAUCUACCUACGAGGCAGAGCACAUAGCGGCCGCCACCGCAUGCUGCCAGGGGAUUUGGCUGGGGCGGCUGCUGCGGGAGCUCAUGGGAGAGGAGCUCCACAUGCCGGUUCUUUUGGUGGAUAACAAGUUCGCCAUUGCAUUGGCAAAGAACCCUAUCCUCCAUGACCGCAGCAAGCAUAUCGACACCAAAUUCCACUUCAUCCGUGACUGUGUCAAUGGAGGACACAUAAAGCUCGAGUAUGUCGAGAUUGCUCGAAAGCUCGGGGACAUCCUCACUAAGCCACUUGGGCGUCUUCGGCUCCAGGAGCUGAGGAAUAAGAUUGGGGUUGAAGAGCAUCACGAUUAGGGGAAGGAUUGUUGGAUAAUUCCUUAGCUCUUGUUUCACUCUUCCUUUUGCUGAAAAUCAAUGGAGCAGGUAAGCUCCUUGGCCAAUAGUGGCCACUGCAGUGCCAUGAGUAGUAGGGCAAUAUGCCCUGUCAUAUAUAGUACUAGUAGUUGGUAGUGUAGUUGGUAGUUUCACCGUACCAUUAUGUACUCUAGUUUGACUUUGUGCUCUAUAAAGAGUAGAUGAGCAGCUGCAACUCAAAAUCAGUUCAGCAGCACCAA